UUAAGUCGCAACGCAUGGGAGUGAAAGUGAAACUCCGUUUGAGACAAGCCAGACAAUUUCGUGCGUUUUGUGCUUAUGCAUCGUUAAACUUUUGCUGUAAUGUCCACAUCAAUGGGAGAGAAACCCAUUUUGCCAAGUGCAAAGUCCUCGAAUGGUGGGAAUAUGGAUUCAGUGCCUUGCAGAGGUGAACAGACCUCUGUUAGGCCUAGACGGGCGCUGGUCACCUUAUCCAAACUGGCUCAGUUGAUCACUCGUGUUGAGUACAAACCAAAGUCCCUGCAGAGCUCUUCCUUCAUCUGCAAAGACUGCAGCAAGCCAUUCUCCGACCUGAGCGGCCUUGUACGACACCAGGAAAGAAAGCAUGCCCUGCAAAAGCUCCAUUGCUGUCAACACUGUGGCCAAAAGUUUGCUUUGCUCUCUAGUUUGCAGUUACAUAAGUGCCAUAGCGCUUCCUCCAUGUGCCAGGCAUGCAGGGACAAACCUCAGUGGGAUUCUUCAUGCCCAACCUGUGGGACUGAACCUUCAGGGUCACAUCAUGAUGAUGAAAAGAGUCCCCAUGCAUGCGCCCCAUGUGGCCAGGCAUUCAGCCACAAACAGGAGUUGCUGCACCACCAGCAGGCUGGAGGGUGUCAACAAGGUACAGCACCAACACCUCCAUCACCAUCCUGCACCAGCUUGUCCCUUUCUGCAUCAUUCAGAUCUCUUGCUGAACCUUACAGCCAACUGUGUAAUUUCCAUUCACCGAAAAAGUUAAAGAAGAAGAAGAAGAAAGAUCUCACCACAGAGACGUCAUUUCCAUGCCGUUCCUGUGACAAGAUCUUCCCCCAAACGUCACUGCUGUAUCAGCACAGGAAAGAGGAACAUUGUCGGGACAUCUUGGUCAGGAAACAACAGACUAUGAAGACCACCAGGCGAAGGCGGAGAAGUGAGCCGUAUCCAUGCCUCCAUUGCGGAAAAGUCUUCAUGCAUCAUAUGACACACCGGGCACAUUUCCGGAAUUGCAGCGCUAACCAUAAGGCCAAAUCAACUAAAGAUUCCAGAGCUGGCAAAGAUGGCAACCCAAAGACAACUAAGGGUCUAAAACCUGCAAAAGAGUCCAAAUCCCUCAAAGAAAGUGAAUAUCAAGGCAGAACGAAGACCAAAAUUCAGCCAGCUUUGAAGGAUAGCAAGGAGGAGGAAACUGAUAAGGAGGAUGGUGAAGAUGACAAGUACCCUUGUUCAUCAUGUGAAGAGGUUUUUAGAACCGUAGCUGCUCUAAAAGCCCAUGGGAACGUUCAUCCACCAGCCGACACAUGUAAGCGUUGUAGUGUGUGUACAGGUGGAAUGCCUCUCUCUCAGGUUCCAGAAGAUUGUCAAAAGAGUAUCUUUCACUGUGUGCCUUGUGCCGAAGCCUUUGUGGCUCUGGACACUUUUCUGGAGCACUGCCAGAAACAUCUGCUACAUGACAAAGAUGACGAUGAAGAUGAACUCAGUGUUGACUGAGAGAUCAUACACCUUUGUAAGGGCAUGAAAAUCCUACUCCACAAGUGCUCAAAUGUUUCAGAAUAUCAGGAACAUUAGAUUUGUCAGCCGUUUUUGCUUUGCUUUGUAUAAAUUGGCUAAAUAUGAUAUACAUUGAUUAACUUGCUCCCAGUACAUUGAGUCGAACUGCCGUAGAGAGAGUUCUGUAGAGGCCGUUGAUGAUAAUGACUAGCCAAAAGUUCUGACUGUGCUUUUAUUUUGAUAUGGGUACUUUAGAGUUAAAACCACCAUAAUUAGGAUGGAUGGAUGUUUUCACAAAAGCAAAUAUUAAACUGUGAUUUUUUUUUUUUUUCUGGUGUGAAUUUCGUAUUUUUUUUGGCCAUCAGGUUGGGGGACAUAAUAUAUCGUGUUCUUUGUAUUUAGCUACUGAACUAUUUCAACAGAUUUUAUUAUAUUUGUUUCUCUUUAAAGGGAUAUAUCACCCAAAAAUUGAAUUGUCAACCCUAACGCUACUCAGCCUCAUGUUGUUCCAAAUCUUAAGAAGGAGAUGUAAGGCAGUAGGUAAGUCUCAGUCACCAUUUACUUCAAUUGCUUUACUUUUUCCAUACAAUGAAAGCGAGUGGUGACUGAUGCUAACAUUCUGCUUAACCCCUUUUUUUGUUCUUCUAAUCUAAAGAAAGUCAUACAAAAACAAAAUAAGUGUGAGUAAAUUAUGACAGAUUUCUCAUUUUUGUUUGAGCUAUCCCUUUAUGCAUUUCUAAGAUGUCUAAUCUUCUGGUUCUUGUACUGUUUGUAUUUCUUAAAUAGCAUGGAAUGAUGUAAGCUUUAUUCUUUAAAACAUAUAACCAAAAAUCACAAAGCUGGAGAAUUUGUAUUGUCUGGGUAUUGAAGUAAUAGGUAGAUUGUUCUAACAUCUGUCUAAAGUCUAAGAUGAUCAGCUGUAGUGUUAUUAGCCUAUUCUGCCAUUAUAUAUUAUAUACUGUACUGUACGUGAUGCUUCACCAUAAAAUGAAAAAGCUCUCAUAAUUUACUGAAUCUCAUGCCAUUCCAGACGUGUAUGACUUUCUUUCUUCUGCAGAACACAAAUGAAGAUUGUUAGAAGAUUAUCUCAGCUCCGUAGGGCCAUAUAAUUCUUGUAAAUUGUGACCAAAUCUGUGAAGCUCCAAAAGGCACAUAAAGGCAGCAUAAAAUUAAUCCAUAUCUUCUAAAGUGAACCAAUAAGUUUUAGGGUGAAGAGACCAAAAAGUCUGCUAUGGCAUGAUAUACAGUGAAAAGGGAGUUAUUAUUUGGUCUGUUUUUACCUAAAUUAUCAAUAAAUUAUUAUGCUUGAGACAUAAAUUAAACCACAGGAGUCUUAUGGAUUACUUUUAUGCUGCCUUUAUGUGCUUUUUUGGUCUGUGUUUUUUUUACCUAAAAUCAAUUAGUUUGCUUCAGAAGACAUUAAUUAAACCACUGGAGUCUUAUAGAUUAAUGUUAUGCUGCCUUUAUGUGCUUUUUGGAUCUUCAAAGUUUUGGUCACCAUUCACUUGCAUUAUAUAGACUUACAGAGCUGAGAUAUUCUUCUAAAAAUCUUUGUUUGUGUUCCGCAAAAGAAAGAAAGUCAUACACGUCUGGGAUGGCAUGAGGGUGAAUAAAUUAUGAAAGAAUUUCAUUUUUGGGUGAACUAUCCAUUUUAAAUUUAUGCUAUCAGACCAAAUAUUUUUAUUGACAUUUAGAUUCUUCUGAAUUUGAUUACAGUUUAGAACAAAACAUUUAGUACAUCAAUUGCUACGGUAACCAAUCUUUGUUUAAAAUCAGAAGCAAUUACUAAUUUUCAGAAAUGACUGAUCUAAAAGGAAAACUCGUACUAGCAAAUCUAUGUGCAGUUAGAGUUAGUCCUCAAAUCUGUCCAUUCAGGUGAUCCUCAAAGGAGAAUAUUUUUUUAUAUUCUAAAUCAGGAAUUCUUUUUGUUUCUUAAUUUGUUUCUGAGUUUGUACAUUUCAACGUCUGCUGACUAACAUUUUCUUUUACCAGCACCAAAUAGACUAAUGCUGCAGUGUUUUUAUGCUGCCAUUUUUGCUUGUUGUAUAAUUUGUUUUAAACAUUGUCUUAACACUGUGUAAAAAGCCACUGUAUUGCAUACUUUGCAGAUGAUAAAUGCAGAUUUAACAAUUCGGCUCAUUGUUUCUUUAAUUAUGAAUAUUGACUGGAGGCAUUUUGAGUUUAUUUCUCUUUAUUAUUCUCUGUGGGUGUAUUUACAUGCAGCUACCUCCAGUUUUAACUGCUUUGUCCCUAGAUGUGUGAUAUUUUUUUUUUCUUCCUCGAAUAAUUUCUCAUUAAAAUGUACCUCAUGUUUGUUGUGUUACAUAGAUAUUGUUUUCAAAUAA